AGUAUGCGUCCGCUGUAUAAAGCUUUGACCUUUUUAUUUACUUUGUGCAUGUGUGAAGCUCUUAUAAAUGAUGCAUGUUGCUUGACACCUAUUUUAAUGAAAUUAGGAAGUUCAACAAUGGCAGAUGAGCAGCAAUUCUGUCUACGCUGGAAUAACUUCCAGAUGAACAUAACAUCCCAGUUUGAGGCAUUACGUGAUGAAGAAGACUUUGUGGAUGUGACAUUGGCUUGUGAGGGACAGCGUCUAAAAGCACAUAAAGUUGUAUUAUCAGCUUGUAGUCCUUACUUCAAGGAACUUUUCAAGAGUAAUCCUUGCAAACAUCCUAUAUUGUUCAUGCGUGAUGUGGAAUUCAGACAUUUGAAGUCUCUGGUAGAGUUCAUGUAUGCUGGAGAGGUCAAUGUUGCACAGGCACAGUUAUCAGCAUUCCUUAGAACUGCAGAAUCACUACAAAUACGUGGACUCACAGAAGCACCACAGAGGCAUUCAAGGUUUGAUGGAGCAACAUCAGAUACUGGACACAGCCGGCGUGGUACACGCAGUGGCAUUCCGAUGUCACCUAUAGCAGGAGCUCCAGAAGAAGAUGAUAUCCUGAGCCUAAGCCCUCCUGCCUCCCCAUCUCCUCCUGCCAAACGCCCAUGUACAGCACCAGAUCCAGCAAAUAUCAAGAGAGAAGCUCCAGAUAUUGUUGAGCCAAAACUGGAAGUCCCUGACUAUAGCAGUGAUGGAGAAAGCAGAACAGAAAGUGGAAAUGGAGCUCAUUAUGGUGGAAUAGAAAAUCCUCUUGAUGCGAAAUCGGCAUAUGCAACUGGAGGACUACAAGGUGGAAUGGAGAUGAUUCCUGGAACAUCCGCUGCACACAAUUUCCUCUCAGAUGUAUCAACACUGCCACAGGAGCCAGCUUCACAAGCAGCUGACCACCGCAAACUGCACUCCCUGGACCCGCGGCCGUGCCCCAUCUGCUACCGCAUGUACAGUAACCUGUCGAACCUGCGCCAGCACCUGCGCCUCAUCCACAACCCCCAGACCGUGGCGUGCCCCCUGUGUAGCAAGCCGUUCAAGACAAAGCUGUACCUCAAGCGUCAUCUCAUGAGUUUCCACGAGCUGCUGUGUGGACCACCGAAACAACAGCAGCAGCCUCCACCACAUGCUGUUCCUGCUACAGCAGCCAGCUCUGGUCUAGACUUCUUCCCUCCGCCACCACAGGUUGUUUUGUCUGAAGAGAAAGAGGAGUUUAUUGGGGCCAAUGGAGGUGGUGGUGGUGGUGGUAGUAGUAGUAGUAGUGCAUCCAACUUUCGUGCACCACCACCUCCAUUUGCCUCCCAGGACUCUACUGUUUUUUCUGUUGCUCCCACAGCCAAUAAGCAACCUGCCAACUAGUGAAAUUGUUGCCUCCAGAAGUGGCCCAGUUCUUUUUAUUUCUAAUACUGUUCAUUAUGUAAUUAAAAAAAAUAAUAGAGCAUAUUGUGUCCUCUGGAUCAUUUUCUCAGUCUGUGCUUAAUGAUAGAUGAUGUGUCAGAGGUUGAUGAUACUCCAGCUACUGUGUAGUAUAAUAGUGGUGCUCACUGUGCUGGUUGGUUCAGACCAUGUCACUGUGGGGUUACUGAUGUGCAUAGUUGUGUAAUAGGAGCCAGUUUUUUUUAAUGUAUCGUAAAAAAAAAUGAAAGUGUGUAAAGAGUGCAAGGAGUAGUCUACCUACUUCCUGUUUUGUGCAAUAAGCCUCUUGGCAACAUGUAAUUGGUUAUCCAUCUUUGUAUGCUUUACCAUGUUUGGUUAAGAUAAGAAUUUUGUGUCUUGGAGCACUGCAUGACUUGGUGCAAGUUCAUGGGGCAUUGUGAGGGUAAUUUUUUUUUGUUAAAUUUGUACCUAUAUACAUUGAAUUAUGCACAUAAUCUGAUGGCUUGGAUAUAUGAGUGUUGCCAUAGGAGUAAGAUUGAAAACUUUGGGAUUGUCUUGAAGUUUACUCACUAUACGAGUAAUAUUUUAGACUGAAACCAGUUUCCAGAAGUGCUUAUACAAAUUUUGUUUUGCCUCAUCGUGUAACUAUAGGAGAGAAUAGUACAAGACUUGCAAUUAAAGCAGCUUCAGUACUACAAGGUGUCUGGUUUGAGUUAAUUUUACCAAAAUUGGGACAAAAAUUACAUGUCUUCUCUUCAGUUCUUCACAGUCUUUUGUAGUUUUCAGAAUAUUAUUCCACAGUUUACAUAUUUUAGUGUAGAUAUGAUUCUGGUGUUAUUGGGAAAUCUUAAGUAGCUCAGAAUUGCUGGUUUUUUAUUUGUUUGAUAUGUUUGUAAGGAAUGGCAGAGGAAGCCAAAACCAAGACCAAUAUGAAAAAUGCAUACCUGUACAUGUCUUGAAUCCUCUUGUACUACAGAUUGCAAAGUUCAUGAUUCUUCUCGUGUGAUUUCUACCCAGCAGCAGGAUCUUUUUGAUCUCCAUAAAUAAUAGAUUUUUAAUCAUUUACACAGCAUUGUUCUUAAAUAUAAGUGAUGGAUAAAAGUUAGUGAACUGAUUGGGAUAUGCAGUUCUUCGAUAAUCAAAGCCCAAGCAACUGGGAACUGACAUGCAUUGAGACUAGAAAAUAAUGCAUUGAUAAUGGCUAGGCACUAGCCGAAAUCUGGAUUUGCCAAAUAAAACAUGCAAAAAAGGAUGACUGAUUGCUGUGCUCUAUCAUUUAUAAAUCUCUGCUUUAGUUGGUUUCAGUUACUGAAUUUCAGUAUAGAUCAGAAUGAAUGUAAAAGGCAGUUAAAGUAAAUUGCUGUUGUGAUAUUUUCUUGGAGAUCAUGCGUCAUAUUUAGAGGCCUGCGUACGUAGAGUCAUGUCACAGUUAUUAUCCAUGGAACAUGCAAGUAAUUGUUGCAUCUGAUGUGAGAAACAGGGAUCAUAAUUGUGACUGUGUAUAGAUCAGAAAAUGAAACCCUGAGAACUACAGUUCCUUUGUUGGCAGCUAUAGUGAAAAAGUGUAGAUAGAAAAGGACAUGUUAGGAGGGGUGCAAAGGAACUGGAAUCCUUGCACCAGUGGGGAAGGCAUAUAAGAGACAAAAAUAAGUCAUUGUUAUGUUAUCCAUGCUCAGUUUGCAGAUGUUAGAUCUUAUCUGUACAUAUCUGCAAUUAUAUCUGAAGAAACAAUGAAUGAUUUUUUAAAAAUCUUAUCUAUACAUAUUUGAAGUUGCAUCUGAAGAAACACUGACAGUAGUUAUUUUAAAAUACUGCAUGCCAUCUAUCUGCAUUGUGUUAUUCUACUUCCCUGUGAAGAAGUGUGUUAUUUCAAAAGUUCAAAAUUAAUUUUUUUUAUGUUGCAUUCAUAGCUGAGUCUAUUUUAGCUGAACAGAAGUAGCUCUUUGAAUGUCAUCAUAAUUAACACUCUAUGCUCCUAUUUUUGUUUUGAGAGUCUUACGUUUCUUUGGUUCAGAUUUUCCUCAUUUCAUUUCUUUCCCUCUCCAGUAUUCAGUUGUUAAGCAGUUAAAUAGGGCCAUAAUUGAUUCCACUAGUCCGCCCCUGGUAGCUGAGUGGUCAGCGCGAUGGAAUGUCAUGCCUAACGGCCCGUGUUGGAUUCCUGGCUGGGUCGGAGAUUUUCUCCGCUCAGAGACUGGGUAUUGUGUUAUCCUUAUCAACAACAUUUCACCCCCAUCGUCACACAAGUCGCCGAAGUGGCGUCAACUCGAAAGACUUGCAUCAGGCGAACGGUCUACCCGACGGGAGGCCCUAGCCCCACGGCAUUUCCAUUUUAUUGAUUCCACCUUUUUUAAAUUCAAUUUGUGCUGUCAGUUUUGUCUUUCCUUGUGCAGGAUUUAGAUGUUUUCAACACAUCCGAGCAGUUUUCAUGUACUUCAUCCCAUUUGUUCCAACAUGGACUUUGUUAGUUCAUCCAGAAAUUACAUUUUCCACUGUUUUUGUUCAGAUGUAAUUAAAUGUAAUUAUUAUCAGUACUAGAUAAUCACAUCGAGUUUCUUUAUCAUCAUCUCACUCUUAAAAUAUUUUUACUCUCUCUCUCUCUCUCUCUCUCUCUCUCUCUCUCUCUCUCUCUCUCUCUCUGCGUAUGUGUGUGUUUGUUUCUCUGUCUCUGUAUGUCUGCCUGCCUGUUGUUUUAUUUAUUUGCCUAUCUUUCCAACAAUAAACUUAUAAUGAUCACUAUGUUGUGAAGGUACCCAUAUUGCUUUCAGAUUAUUAGAAAAUUAUGUCCUCUGUUUCUUUAACUCAUGUCUAGACAAAUUGUAGUACUGAAGCAAUCUUUGAGGAACUGGUUUUGAACAGGAGAGAGACUACUUGAUUCAUUACACUUCAGCUAGAACUAUAUUCAUAAUAUUUUUUAAUCUUUACUUUGAUGGCAUCAAAGGGAAGAGCCUUGUUAUGCAUAUAUUACAAUAUUAUCUACAGAUUUUAUCUGUAGUAUCCUUUGUGCAGGAUUUCUGUUUUGUGGCAAUUACUUUACACUGCAGAUUAGACAUCAGUGAUGGUAGUGUAAAUGACAGAGUGGUUCUUUUCAUGUUCAUGUGGAUAGAGCAUGAGACUAAAGAAAAGUGAAAAGAUUUUUUUCUCUUUCACUUCGCAAUAAUAUUUGCCUGGAAGACUGUGUAGAGGACAGACUACAGUAUUAAGAUGCUGUUAUGUGUAUCUGAGAGGAGAGGCUUGUAUAUUAACUAAUAUAUGGAGCAUAAUUUAUUUUUUAUGCCUUUAGCAGUUAUACAGUUCCACAGACAUAUCACAGGUAAAGCGGUGAGAGGUUCCUACAUCUUUCACUGCUGGUGUAUAUUUUGUUUAUUUCUACACACUAAACUGUUAACCUCAUAUCACAAUAAAGGAAGCUUGGUCAGCUUUUUUGCAAGAAAAGUGGCCACAGAUUUUCAAGCAUUAUUUUUUUGUGAUGUCUUUUACUACUUACAGUUUGAAAGUUCUGUUGAACUGAGAUUUUUAUAUAAACUGUUCAUGACAAUAGGCAUUUGGCCACCUUGUCUUGCAAAUCCUGGCCAAGCUUCGUCAACAGACAGGCUCAACUCAGGUUAAUUGGUAGAAUAUACAGACUGUACAUAUACUAUAUUGCAAAGCAUUACACGCUUAACAUACAAGACUAAAACAUUAUGUUGUUCUGUUAUGUCAUAGGCAUCAGUAGAGUUUAUCAGAUGUUUUAAAAUGCUUUGGUAUUAAAUUGUAUAUUACAAGACUUAUGGUACUGUGUGACAGAUAUUUGUACAAUGCUGCUUGAAGGAGUUGAUAUUUUACCAAGAAUUUAGCAUCCUGUUUUCUUCACACCAUUGUUUAAGUCUAAAUUGAUAUGUUUACUUUCAGUGAAUCUGACUAUCCUCAGCAAACACUAAACUUUCUUGUUCUUAAAGUCUAGGUACAAUUGGACUAAAAUGUGUUGUUACUGUUAUUGUUCGGUAACUUCUAUCAUACCUAAGUGCAUGUACUUAACAAGAGGCGUGCCUCAGCAUAAUGCUGCCAGUGUGCGUGCCUUUCUCUCAGAUUUUGUCAUAAGAAAGUGAUAAAAUCACAUAGCUAUUUGAUGUACUAUUACAUGUACUUAAUACUGGCUGUGCAAUUGAAUGGACUCCCCAAGUAUUUGCUUCAUAAGUUCCUUAUAAACCUGUAGAUUCAGUAACAUACUCUGAAGUAACAGUUCUUUCAAUGUGUAAUUGUAUGUAAGCUGAAGUAAUCAAUCUGAGACCAGUGUUGGCAUUGAAUAGUAGCCAUGAAUUUAAUUUGCUUCCACAGACUGGAUUGUAUGCAGUUUAUUAACUCAGGAAGAAAGUUCUGAAGAACUGAGCAGGAAGUCUAAACUAGUGCUUAAAAUAAGGACUUAGGAAUUGUGAAGCAAGUUAAUAUUAUCUAAACCUACAAUGAAAUUUGCUACGCAUAUCCAAACAGAUUAUUAUGUUAGUACACAAUAAAGCAAUGAAAGCUGUGUUUACUCAGAGUGCUAAUAGAGGACAAUAGUAACAAGAGAAAUGCAGUACCCCAUGCAACUUGAAAAUAGGUAUUGCAUGUUCUUGUUGUGUUACUGAUCCAGGCUUCAUUGAUCAGUAGACAUGACUUGUACAGCUGAAUGAUUAAUCUUUUUCUGCUGCAGUGUGUUGUGUUUCUUUUUGGAAGAAAUUUGUAUGAACAAAUUUUCAUAAUGUGUGUGUGUGUGCGUGUGCGCGCACAGAGAGAGAGAGAGAGAGAGAGAGAGAGAGAGAGAGAGAGAUAUUUCAUGAAUGUAUGGAUGCAGUUGCUUGCGUUUGCAGCAAUGUGUGUUGUGUUAAAGAAAGUGUCUUGUUUUAGAAAACUGGCAUUUGUGAUUGGUUGUGACAAGUUAUUGCAUGAAAUGAUCAUUUUUAGAAUAAUUUUGUUGAAAUAUUUAUCUGAGUAAUAAGGCUGAUACUGUUUUCAUACUAAAUAACUUUUGUUUGUAAAAUGUAGUAUUAACUGUACACGAUUCUCAUGAGAAGUAAACUAAUUAAAUAUGUUCCUCUGUGAAUUGUUCAACAAGAUGCUUAGAUUGUUAAUCGGUAGAAGUGUUCAUAACAAACAAAAUUUUCAUUAAACUUUUAAAUAUUGUAGUAGUUUGAUAUUAAGUGAUAGUUCAUAAGCAAUGGGAAGCAAAAUCAGAAAUAAGGAAGUUAUUUAUGGAUUUCUUGUUGAGUACAAUUAGAAGUAGCAGAAAAGGGUACACAAGCUCAUCCUUAAAGUUGCAUUUUGUCUCUGUGUAACUAACUACUUACUCCACCCUUUGCCCUCGUCCAUUUCCCCCCCUCUCUCUCUUAAAGCUCUUGAGGUAUUUGGAAUCUGGUGGUUGCCAUCCAUUUUCAGUAAUCAUUUGUCAGAUAAUUUUGUUAUUUGUUGUUGACGAUAGUGGUAGCUUUAUGUUUGUUCACACAACUGAAGCAUAUACGGAUAAAGUAUAGUAACUACUUGAAUUCCUCAUUUUUCAAAGAGAGGAAGUUCAUGUUUGUUUUAGUGUGUGUUGCUUGAAUAUUUCUGUUUUAGAAAGAAGCUUGGACUUUUUAAUGCUAUUUAACAUGCUUCUCAUGAUGAUCUGGUACGUUGGUUUCUUGUAUUAUUGUAGUGCUCUAUUUGUGGAAUCCUUAUCUGAUAAAUUUUUCUUAUAAUUAACUUAUAUUCUGGUAGUUAAAUGUGUAUAACAUCACAUUUUGCCCCUAUUGCUGUAGAUAGUGGUUUUAUAUGCAUUACUAACGACUGUGUUACGAAUCAGAUGUCUUUAGUAGACUUGCAGACUAGUCAGGAUUUUGAGAAAUGUAACUUAAGAGAUCAAUGAAAAUGACUCACAUACAGCCAGUCUGACAGUCUUUGCCAUUACUUUACUGAUAAUUUUGCUAUGAUCGGAAAGUUUGGCCCAGAACUAAGUAACUCAAAUCAGGCAAGUUGAGCAUUUUUAUAACAGUCUUGAAAACAUAUUGUAGGUGUUUUUCCAAAUUAUGUGGAAUAAGAAAUGAUUUCCUGCAGCAAGUUAUUGAAUACUGAAUUUUGAUAUUUUUGUUUUCUCUUGUUAAAUGUGGCUUCUUUAAGCCAAAAAUGUUUGAUCUUCAGUUACCACUUGUGGCUUAGCAAUCAAUCGAAACUUUCUGAAAAGAGACAAAUUUUAUUUUCAGUUCUUGUGAUAUGCAGUUGAGGAAAUAUAUUGUGAAGCAGAAUUUAAAUGUAUUGCAUGUAAAAUGUGAUUUGAGAGAUUUCCAUCAUUUGUUAUUGACAUGCGGCAUCUGAACAUUUUAACUGUGCUUUUUAUCAUCUGCCUGCAUGUCUAUAAUGAUUAAAAAUUGUCUUCUUGGAGAACCAUGUGGAUAUUAAAAAUGUAUUGACAUACACUGUGCAACAGUAGCAAACUUUUAACAUCUAUUUAACUUUGUGUGUCCUAUUUACCUUAAUGGACUGUAACAGUGCACGUUUUGUUUUUCAAAGCCCUUAUUGUCACUAAGUCAUAAAGUCUCGAACACGAGAUUCAAGUAACAAUGAACUAACUAAAAAAGAAUAGAGUGUAGUAACGUUAAAAAAAAAAAAAAAAAUGUAGCUACCUGUUUAUAAGAGAUGCUGGAAGUGGUGGCCAUGAGC